AACAACUGAAUCGAGAGCCACCCCUUCUUUAUAUUCACCGUAUCACCUCAAUUGAGAUCUCUGUCGUCACCUAUUUACCAGACUAGAAGUGAUUUGCAUCUGUUACAAUCUUCGGGGUCCAGCUCGACAAGGAUACGUUCGAUACAGCAACUCAAACCUAGCCGAGAACUGUAGUGGUACCGAAGACCUCACUCCACUGCAAGCAAGCUAAGCUCACCCUCGCUGUUGAAUGUGAGAUAGUGCUCUUGAACUUCCCGCCGCCCACUUUCUUUUCUUUUGUUAAUUCCCUCUCGCUCCGACGAUUCGCACAGAGUGGUCUCCCGCUUGAGCUUCACUGAAUGGUCGUCGACGUCAAUUGGCCUUGAAGACAGCUAUCCGCAGCCAACAUGUCUGUCAACUCGCAGGCCGGAGAGCUGAAGGCUCAAGGUGUUGUAGAAGCUGCACAAGAUCCGAACAGCUCUGUUACAGCAGAUGAUGCUCAGCGCAAGAUAGUUGCAGAAAGCAACAAGGCCGGUGUCGCAGCUUUCACAUUUGACCCAGAUGCAAGCCCUGAAGAAAAGGCAGCACAAGCUCGAGCUCGAGUCCCAGAAGGAUUCCAUCACGAGCACAAAUCGAAAGCUGUUGCAGUUCCCACAGAUAUUGACGAUGGCACAACGAAAGGAGCCUACGACCUACCUCCCCCGAGCACAGCAGGAGCUCUUGCACCGACGGGUCCCCCAAAAGAUGCGAAUGGAAAGCCUACAGCUAACGGCGCCGCUGGACUUGUUGAUUCAGAGGACCAGGAGAGAUGGAUUGAACGAGCGGGCUGGGCGCCGAGAUUCGGUAGCGGAAUUACGAGCGAGUCGAUAAUGGGCGAGAGUCUGCUUGACCACCAAACAUGGGUGGAAGGCAAGCUAGAAGAUAAAUUCUUUGGAGAUUGGUAUCAUAACACUGCCGUCAUCAUAUUUGCCUGUCUGUCAUCAUGGCUUGUUGCAGUUCUGGGAGGUGGACUUGCCUGGGUCUUUCUGAUCAUGGCUAUUUGUGGAACAUACUAUCGAACCUCGAUCCGACGAGUGCGCCGAAACUUCCGAGACGAUGUCAACAGAGAGCUCGCAAAGAGCAAGCUGGCAACGGAUACCGAGAGUUUGGAGUGGAUAAACAGCUUCUUGGUCAAAUUCUGGCCAAUCUUCCAGCCAGUACUUGCGGACACAAUCAUCAAUUCGGUGGAUCAAGUCCUCAGCACAUCAACUCCAGCAUUCCUAGAUAGUCUCCGGAUGAAGACUUUCACCCUAGGAAGCAAGCCUCCGAGAAUGGAGCAUGUGAAGACCUAUCCAAAGGCUGAAGACGAUAUUGUUCUUAUGGAUUGGAAAUUUAGCUUUACACCGAAUGAUCACGCAGACAUGACUGCACGCCAAAUAAAGAACAAGGUCAAUCCUAAGAUUGUACUGGAAAUCAGAAUUGGAAAGGCUAUGAUCAGUAAGGGUUUGGAUGUUAUAGUCGAAGAUAUGGCGUUCUCGGGCUUGAUGCGCGUUAAGAUCAAGCUUCAGAUUCCCUUCCCUCAUGUCGAAAAGAUCGAGAUCAGCUUCUUGGAACGACCGACAAUCGACUAUGUAUGUAAGCCUCUUGGAGGUGAAACCCUAGGUUUCGACAUCAACUUCGUCCCGGGUCUCGAGUCAUUCAUUCUGGAGCAAAUACAUGCCAACAUUGGCCCCAUCAUGUAUGCACCAAAUGUCUUCCCCAUCGAGGUUGCCAAGAUGUUGUCUGGAUCAGCCGUCGAUCAAGCUAUUGGCGUUAUGGCAAUCACUCUUCACGGUGCUCAAGGACUCAAGAAUCCAGACAAGUUCGCAGGUACCCCAGAUCCUUAUGCUGUUGUAGCAUUCAAUAAUGGUGCGGCUCUUGCUCAAACCAAGAUCGUCAAGGAAAACGCAAAUCCCAGAUGGAACGAGACCAAGUAUGUCAUCGUGACCUCCUUUAACGAUUCUCUCAGUCUGGCAGUGUUCGAUUACAACGAAUACCGCAAAGACAAAGAGUUGGGAGUUGCAACUUUCCCAUUGGAGAAAGUGCAUGAGAUUUAUGAGCAUGAGAAUGAGCAGCUAGAGGUUAUGGCCGGUGGUAAAGCCCGCGGUGUCGUACAAGCAGAUCUUCGAUUUUUCCCUGUGCUUGAGGGCAGGGAUCUACCCGAUGGCAAGAAGGAACCACCUCCAGAAUCUAAUACUGGUAUCGCAAAAAUCACAAUCGAGCAAGCAAAGGAUCUUGACGGCACCAAGAGUUUGAUUGGUCAAUUGAAUCCUUACGCAGUCCUUCUACUCAACAACAAGGAGAUCCACACUACCAGAAAGUUGAAGCGAACCAACAAUCCUAUCUGGGACAAUGGUUCAAAAGAGAUUCUCAUUACUGAUAGAAAGAAUGCUAAGGUUGGUCUUGUCAUUAAGGACGACAGAGAACUUGGUACCGACGCUAUUCUUGGAACAUACCAAAUCAAGCUUGACGACAUGCAGCAAUUGAUGGAGAAGGGCCAGGAAUGGUACAAUCUUGCUGGCGCCAAGACAGGACGAGCAAAGUUUAUGCUCCAAUGGAAGCCAGUGGCGUUGACCGGUGUUGGAGCUGGUACUGGUGGAUAUGUCACACCCGUUGGUGUCAUGCGAUUCCACUUCAAGAAUGCUCGUGAUCUUAGGAAUCUCGAAGCGUUGGGCAAGUCUGAUCCAUAUGUUCGAGUUCUCUUGUCCGGCGUUGAGAAGGGGAGAACUGUGACUUUCCAGAACAAUCUCAAUCCAGAUUGGGACGAAGUUAUUUACGUGCCUGUGCACAGCGCUCGAGAGAAGCUCACUUUGGAAGUCAUGGACGCUGAGGACUUCCACGCUGAUCGAACCCUGGGAUCUAUUGAGGUAUCAGCUGCCGACUAUGUCUCUCAAGCACCUAAUGGGCAGUAUCUUGUUCAUGAUUCGAAGGACCCCCACGAAGGUGCAUUGAAGAUGCAUGGCAAAGGUUCACCAAGAGGAAUCCUCAACUAUACCGCAGCUUUCUAUCCUUGCUUGAAUAUUGCUGAUCCCGAAGAAGAGGAGAAAGAGAAGAAAGAAACAUCCGAAGCUGGUCGGACAUCGACAGACAGCGCGAAAUCUGGAGAGUCAACGGAUCCUGUUGCAAAGGCCAACGCCAAGAUGACGAACGGAAAGAUUGACGUUAAUUUGGCCAAGACCCUUGCUGAGGGCGAGAAGGAGCAGAGUGAAACCGCAGAAGAAGAGAAUAAGCUACCUAAGUUGCGGCUUACUCCCGAAGAACUCCUCAAAUACGAAUCUGGCCUCCUUAUCUUCAAGCUUAUGGAUGUUGAAGUUACACGCAGCAACGUGCAUGUGGAGAUUGUUAUCGAUGAUAUGGUGUUCCCUUCAUAUUCAUCCUCUACCAUCAGAUCUCGCAAGGUUGUGCUCGACGAAAUUGGCGACUGCUUUGUCAGAGAACUUGAUUUCUCGAAGGUAACCCUGCGGAUUCGCCAGCAGGGCGACAGUAAAGGCGACGAGAAGAAAGACAAAGACUUCACCGUAGCGAGACUGACGGGAGAAACAUUAGCUACACUAAAGCAAUGCUUGAACAAUCCAACUAUUCUGAAAUUGAAAGACGAGCAGGGAAAUAUUUGCAGCAUCAAAGUAAGCUUGAAGUAUAUUCCCGUCGACAUGCAACUUGAUCCCAGUGAGAGUAUCAACAACAUGGGCAAGCUCCGUGUCGAUGUUCUCGACGCCUCGGAUUUGCCCUCAGCCGACAGAAACGGUUACAGUGAUCCUUACUGUAAGUUCGAGCUGAAUGGAAAGGACGUCUUCAAGACGAAAGUGCAAAAGAAGACGCUCCAGCCAGCAUGGAAUGAAUUCUUCGAACUCGACAUAGCCUCGAGAACUGCUGCCAAGUUCGUCUGUAACGUAUAUGAUUGGGAUUUUGGAGAGAAGGCAGAUUUCCUGGGUUCGGCAGAUAUUAAUCUCGACUUGCUUGACCCCUUUAAAGCUCACGAGUACAAUCUUGCUCUGGAUGGGAAAUCUGGUUCCGUCAGGUUACGACUACUAUUCAGACCUGACUACGUCACUCGUUCCCGCCAAGGGUCGUCGACCUUCUCCGGAACGUUCGCUACUCCAGGAAAGAUCGUCACUGGUGUUGCUGGAGCUCCAAUCAAGGGAGUGGGUCUUGCAGCAGGAGGUGUUGUCAAGGGUGCCUCAUUCAUCCGUCAUGGUUUCAAGAGCAAGAAGAAGGAAGAGGAAGCAGCAAACGGUAAUGCUGAGGCUGCUGCAGAAAUGGUGGCGGAAGACAAUGACUUCCUCAAGGGUGGACCAAAACGCUCAAGUGCAUUACCAUCUGGGCCUUCCACUGAGGCGUCUCCCAUCACUCCACCUGGAACAGCUCUGGGAGGUGUGCCUAAUCACAGCCGCAGCAAGAGUUUCGGAGCCUCCUCUAUGCACAGUACCGCUCCGGGUGGCGCACCAACUGGGACUGCGAGCUUCACCAUCAUGGCUGCUCACGGCUAUCCGCCAUCCUCACAUGUCAUGGUCUACGUGAAGCAAGCAGGCGCGAAGUCCAAGACGAUUCACAAGACUGAACACAUCAAGUCAGGGACCCAGUCCGUGACCUUCAACGAGAAGAAGGAAAGCUUCAAAUGCUCCUGCUCAGCAGACACUCAAUUCCAAAUCCAAGUCAAAGGCCACAAUACUUUCGGCAGCGAUGAUGAUCUCGGCGAAGGUCUCUUGGUCGUGGAUGAGUCUGGCAGCGGUCUGGAGAAGUCUGUUAAGGCAGGAAGUGGUACUGUUAUUGUCAAGAGCAACUUCGUUAUGAAUUCAACUGAGAAUGGUGCCGGUGACAGCAGUCCCAGGACUCCCGGCGGCUCACUACGAAAGAGCAUUCUCGGCAAGCGUGAAAAGGACAAUGGGAGAAACAGCAGAGAUAUUACACCAACACCUGCCUAAAUCACAAACAUUUCUUCGGGGGUCGGUAUUGAUGAGAGCAGAGGACGAGCCGUGGGGAAUGAUAAUGCGUGUGUUUUUGUAUGAGCACUGUGUGUGUAAUUUGAGAUUGCGAUGCGAUACCACAACGAUGAAGUUUGCUUCGUCUUUCGUUGCUAUUCUUUCGUUUUUGUUAGGGGGAUCAAAUGGUGAGGAUGGAACUAUGGGGUGCAAAAUGGCUGACCGGCUUGAAGUGGGUGGGAAUAGCUUGCGUUCUGCAGUAAGAUAAUGAAAAGCAUCUACUUUGA